AUGUCUCCAAUGUCUCCCAGCACCGCAGCCGGCGCGCUCGCACGCAGCAUCGUCCCCUCCGCCGACGCCGUCCCGGACUCGCCCCCGGACUCGACAACCUCGUGGCUCGAGCCGGGCGCCGGCCUGACCCCGGACUCGGGCGACCAGACGCCGGCCCUGCGCGCGUUCGUCAUCACGGUCGGCGUGCUGGCCGUGUACAACGCCGCCGAGCUGGCGGUGAUGGCGCUGCUGACCUUCCGGCGCUACAGCGGGCUCUACUUCUGGGCCGUGCUCGUCUCGGCGCUGGCCAUCAUCCCCUACACGGUCGGGUUCGCCCUCGACCUGCUGGACGUGGUCGGCGGGCCCGCGCGGUACGCGGCCAUCACGCUCAUCACGGUGGGCUGGUGGCCCAUGGUCUCGGGCCAGGCGCUGGUGCUGUGGUCGCGGCUGCACCUGAUCGUGCCCAAGGGCCCCCGGGGCGAGAGGAUCGUGCGGUGGACGGGCUGGAUGAUCGCCGCCGACGCCGUAGUCUUCCACCUGCCCACGACCGUGUUCACGUUCGGGUCCGCGGUGGACGGGCCCUCGGUGCGCGCCUUCGCGAGGGGGUACGACGUCAUGGAGAAGAUCCAGAUGACGGGCUUCUUCUGCCAGGAGGUCGUCCUGUCGUCCAUCUACGUCGUCGAGACCUUCCGCAUCCUGCGCACCAGCCUGCAGCCCGACACGCGCACCACCAUGCGCCAGCUGCUCGCCAUCAACGCCGUCAUCAUCGCCAUGGACCUCGGCCUGCUCGGGCUCGAGGCCGCCAGCUACUACAUCCUCGAGACCAUGCUCAAGGGCGUCGUGUACUCGAUCAAGCUCAAGCUCGAGUUCGCCAUCCUGGGCAAGCUGGUGCGCUUCGUCGGCGGCGGGCAGCGGCCCGGCCCCGGUGCUGCGGGCGGUGGUGGUGGAGCUGGGGGCAACCGCCAGUUCGGAUAUGAUGGUGGGGAUUACGACCCCCGCAAGUACUCGGUCGGCUUCGUGUCGAUGGCCACGGCGCCCGGCUGCCGCAAGCGCCGGGACCGCCGCGAGGAGGAGGACGAGGUCAUGCUGGGGAACAUGGACCACAUCAGCGAGUUUGUCGACCUGGACCGGGUCGCGGGCGACGUCACGCGCCCGUCGAGGAGUACCGACUCGGGGACGCGGAGCAGGGGCGGGAGUGCCGCGGCGCAUGGCGAUGCCGAAUAUGAUUUUGCGAGAUUUGAGUACGUUGAGGAUGUGACUACGCUCAGGGACAGCCUUGUGGGUGGGAUGAAGGGUUCCGCGGGGGAUGUGUUGCAGUAUCCGAGGGUGGCAUCUUUGUGA